CGCCUUCACGAUCAUUUUUGCGCAGCAUUGGCUGCAAAUACCUGCGCUAUAAUGCUCCGGAGCUGAAGUCAAAAAAAAAAAUUAUCCAUAAUGCUUUGGAAUCUUUCUUGUACUCCCUAUUCUCGGAGUGUCAUACGUUCUUGCUCGCAGAGACUGCGCUCGCCACUUAUCCGGCCGCAGCCCUUGUUAUCGCUCGCAAGAUAUUAUGCUUCACAACCUCCAACAGAGAAUGGGGACGAGAAAUCGGCAUCGCGGUCCCUUUCAGUCCCCGCUUCACCCAGAUUCAACGAGAUCGGAGUUCAACAGCUAAGCGACCAUGUAUAUUCUCAAAUAUUUCCGAAUAAAUCUACCGAACCGGACCCGGAGUUAGUUAAAUUGUCGAAAGAUCAUCUAUCGAGGCAUGAUCUACUUGGAAAAUCCCAGGAUGCAACGGAACCAGUCGCAUUCAACUUUCCCGCCCUUCAGGGGCAAACGCUGGACGAGCACUUCUUCAAACUAGGAAUGGACGCAUCAGAGCCAUAUUUAUCCUACGCAAAAACCUAUAUCACGGUGAAGUCUCCCGAGAUGCCACGAAAAUGGGUCAAACGAAGCGGGUGGACCAAAUACAAUAGUGAUGGCUCAUCAGAGCCGGUUGAUGCACCAAAUGAGUCAAUGCUGACUUUCGAUACUGAAGUUAUGUAUAAAGAACAUUCGUUUGCGGUGAUGGCUUGCGCUGUCAGUCCUACGGCAUGGUAUGCGUGGCUUUCCCCAUGGUUGCUUGGAGAAUCGGACAACGAAAUUCAACUUAUACCCUUGGGAGAUCCAUCACAGCCACGGAUAAUUGUUGGUCAUAACAUUGGCUACGAUAGAGCACGGGUUCUGGAAGAGUAUGACCUGAAGCAAACCAAAAACUUCUUCGUCGAUACAAUGUCGCUUCACGUUGCGGUCAAUGGGAUGUGCUCUCAGCAGAGGCCAACUUGGAUGCGCCAUAAGAAAAACAAAGAUUUGAGAGACAAAAUCGCAAAUGAAAGCAACUCUGUCGAGCUUGCGGCUUUGCUUGAAAGUAAGAUGCUCAGUGAGGAAGAGGAGGAAUUAUGGGUAGGGAGGAGUUCUGUGAAUUCACUCCGGGAUGUGGCUAAAUUUCAUUGCGAUGUUUCUAUUGACAAAAGCCAACGGGAUUACUUUGGCGAACUUGACAGGGAAGGAAUCCUGGGGAGGCUGGAAGAGCUUCUUGAUUAUUGCGCCGCCGACGUCGCAAUCACACAUCGUGUGUAUAAGAGAGUAUUUCCAAACUUUCUCGAAGUCUGCCCCCACCCGGUCAGCUUCGGAGCUCUCAGGCACUUGUCCUCAGUCAUUCUACCUGUCAAUCAGUCUUGGCAGGAGUAUAUUACGAAUGCAGAAACAACAUACUGUCAGCGGCUCGAAGAUGUCCAGCGGAAACUAAUUGAACUUUGCGAUGAAGCUGUGAAGGUUAAAGAAUUACCAGAAGUGUAUAUGAACGAUCCUUGGUUACGGCAGCUGGACUGGACUGGCCAGGAGAUCAAGAUGGCCAAAGGGAAGAAGAAGGGUGAUCCCCCGCGACCUGCCGCAAGGCAGAAAAAGCCGGGAAUGCCUCAAUGGUUUAAAGAUCUUUUUGUCUCAAACAAUGCCGAGAUAAACUUGACAGUCCGGACCCGAAUAGCACCUAUACUGCUCAAGCUUUCGUGGGACGGCUAUCCUCUUACAUGGUCUGAUAAACAUGGGUGGACAUUCAAAGUGCCCCGUGACCAAGUUAAGAAAUUCGAGAACCAGCCUGUGGUACUCUGUGAUAUGACCGAAGAGAAAAUCAUCGAUCUUCGCGAUGAUAAGAAGAACGUGUAUUUCAAGCUUCCACACAAGGAUGGACCGCAAGCUCGCUGCACAAAUCCAUUGGCUAAAGGUUAUAUGCAAUACUUUGAACGGGGUACCCUGACCUCACAAUAUGCCCUCGCCAAGGAAGCCCUAGAGAUGAACGCGUCCUGUUCAUAUUGGAUCAGUGCUCGUGAUCGUAUCACGGGCCAAAUGGUGGUCUUUCAGGACCAGGUCAAGGACUUCCGGGCAAAUGACCUCACUGAAAACAGGGUCGGCUUCAUUCUACCUCAAAUCAUUCCCAUGGGAACUAUCACCCGACGUGCAGUUGAAAACACGUGGCUUACGGCAAGUAAUGCAAAGUCCAAUCGUGUCGGUUCUGAGCUCAAAGCCAUGAUCAAAGCUCCUCCUGGGUACUCGUUUGUUGGUGCAGAUGUUGAUUCUCAGGAAUUGUGGAUUGCAAGUCUCAUUGGAGAUGCUCAAUUCCAGUUGCAUGGUGGGAACGCGAUCGGUUUCAUGACUUUGGAGGGUUCCAAGGCCGCAGGAACAGACAUGCAUUCUCGGACUGCUUCAAUCUUGGGCAUUUCGCGAAACGAUGCGAAGGUGUUCAACUAUGGCCGCAUCUAUGGAGCUGGUCUUAAGUUUGCUGCUACUUUGCUUCGUCAAUUCAACCCCUCCAUGACUGAGAAAGAAACACAAGAGGUUGCAGGCAAUCUAUAUAAAGAGACCAAGGGCGCCCGCACAACUCGUCGCAUUUUGAGCGAGAGUCCUUUCUGGCGUGGAGGCAGUGAGUCUUUCGUCUUCAACAAGUUAGAAGAGUUUGCCGAACAAGAAAGACCCAGGACCCCAGCCCUGGGAGCUGGUAUCACCGAGGCCUUGAUGCGACGCUUUAUCAACAGGGGCAGCUUUAUGACCUCUCGUAUCAACUGGGCGAUCCAGUCGUCUGGUGUUGAUUAUCUCCAUCUUCUUAUCGUUUCCAUGGACUAUCUCAUCCGGCUUUACAACAUCUCUGCCCGUGUGGCUAUCACUGUUCAUGACGAAAUCAGAUACCUGGUUAAGGACGAGGACAGGUACCGCGCUGCUCUGGCUUUGCAGAUCGCGAAUGUGUGGACACGGGCUAUGUUUUCACAGCAAGUUGGCAUCGAUGAUCUCCCCCAGUCCUGCGCCUACUUUUCUGCAGUCGACAUUGACCAUGUCCUACGAAAAGAAGUGGAUAUGGAUUGUGUUACACCUUCCCAUUCCCAGAAGAUCCCACAUGGAGAAAGCUUAGAUAUUGCUCAGCUUUUGGCAAAGAAUGAAGAAGCUCUUCUCGACCCAUCUACCACCCCCAUUUCACCACCCUGCCCCCAGAAGUAUCACUACACACCUCGCGAGUCCGUCAUGUCCUCCCUUGAGACCUCCAAUAGCCCAGCUUUUAUUCGAGCUCAGAUCGCCAAGGACGACAAAGAACUUCGUGAAAUCAUCAAAGAAGUCUCCAAAGCUAAUUCAACCGCGAAGCCGUCGGCUACGCGCUCGCCGAAGACGCGCUUUAACUCGGCCGGUUUUCCAUCCGCAGAACCCCAGCGAGCCAUUCUGAUGGAUGUGGAGUCGGGUCUUUACCGUGAUUUCCGGAGUCUUCCACAAGGGAGCAGGAAUCCCAAUAUGAAUCUCCAACGACAGAGCUGGAAGCCUAAGCCUUCUGCUCGGGCGUGAUGUUGGUUUUUACAACACCUUUUCUUCUGUCUUUCUUUCUUUCUUUCCUUUUUCAUUAUAUCUUCUAUCCUUUUCGGCGAUGCCCACUAGGGCAUGAAACCUGUAUUAAUCUGUUUAAUUAUUUCAGCUGUAUGUAUAAGCGGUUUGUGAAGCAUUGGGACGGCGUCAUGUUGGUCGAUUUAGGAUAGGAGGCGAUUUGCGGGUCAUGAAAAGACAAAGAUCAUGUGUGUACAUGUAUGAAGAUGUGAUGUUUAUAAUACGCAUAGAAAUCUGUAUCAAUUGAAUCUCCAUGG